AUAACUUCGGAAUGAACAAAUAGUAAACGAAUUGAGUGAACGAUUAAUAGCAUGUUUUGUGAGUGACACAAUGCUGCAAUGCUCUUCCUCACGCACCCCUCUCUGUAAAUUCAAGUCAAAGAAAAACAUAUUUGACCAACUAAGUGUGUUCCCACUUACUCACUUAAAGCGAAUAUUUGUAUUAUAAUUUUUUUCCUUUUUUUUAAAUGCCAAAAUAAUUUAGUUAAUAAUUUAAAACAUAGUAUACCGAUCACACAAUCACUCAUAGUGGGUUUGUUCGGAGAAUAAUAUUUUUUCCAAUUUUAACGCAUUUGGAAUAGAAAAUUUACAGUUUUUAUUGUAUUAUUAAAAGAUUUGGGUUUUUCUUUAUAAGAAUAAUAAUGCAAAAAAAGAACCUUUGAAGAACAUUUACUUCUGCAACGAAUUCCUCUGGAGUAUAUUUUUGAGUCAAAAAAAAAUCUGAACCACAAGUUAAAACAUUUCAUUUAAAUGUGAAAAGAUCAUUAUUUAGUAAUAAUAGUCGGUGGCCUGUGGCAAAAUCGACGGGUUCACCUGAUUUUUUUAUACCGCAUCGCAUGCGUCUCACUAAUUGUGGUACCAUUUUGCGUGACAGACAGACAGACAGACAGUCAUUUACUGGCAUUAUAAUAUAGAUUACUUAAAAAUCUAUUUAAAACAACUUAAACAAGCCUAGGCUAAGCAAUUCAAAUAUGCGGAUCGCGUGCCAGUAGCUAAUUACAAACUAUUUUUUGAUAUGACACCCUUUUCUAGGGCUAAUGCACAGAAGUUUGCAAAUUCAGUCGUUUGAGCAGUGACCGUGACAAUGAACUUUAGCUUGCUUUAAAUUUAGACAAGGUUAAAUAAACUACUGGUGCGGAUAAUUUUUACUUGCACAAAAAGAAGUUUGAGAAAGAAGAUUUUCACAUUCACAGAAACGCAGUUACACUACCAUCAUGAAACUUUGUAGGGUUUUUAUCCUCAUUGUUCUUUUAUGCACACCUGUUGACAGUAAGAAGUUUGCAGAUGUUGUACGGAAUGAUGUUAUACCUAUGUUGAAGAUCACUAAUCCAAAUAUCAAACAAGAGUUACUUGAUCUGGGUACACUAAAAGACAAAACAAAUGCUACAGAGGCUGUUGGAAACGAUGCAGAUGCAUUGUCUACAAGGUUUCUUGGUCUUGUGAAAGGUAUAUCAAGUAUAGAUUACGCAAAAAUAGUUUCAGGUAAGUUCACAAUUUUCUUUUUUAAUAUUUGAUAAGUACAGUGUGUAACUAUUGUUUCCAUAAACAUUAACUUAAAUACAAUGAUCUCUCUAUAGCCGACACCACCAGUCCUAAAAUAUAGAGGUAAGUCGUUAGCCCGUGGAAAAAUCCACGCGUUCGCCCGUCCUUUUUAUACCGCAUCGCGUGCGUCUCGCUACUUGCGCAGCUAAGCUACCAUUUUGCGUGACAGACAGACAGACGGACAGACGUAUACGGGUAUUUUUUUUUUUUUUUUUUUUUUUUAAAGAAUUUCCAUUUCGGGUAUUAUAAUAUAAUAUAUUAAAAUAUAGGCCGGUAACCCGUGGAAAAAUCCACGGGGUUGCCCGUCCCGUUUAUAUCGAAUUUCGUGUGUCCGUAGCACAACGUUUUUCUCGCGCAUAAACAGACAGACGGAAUACGGCGAUUAUUAAAGAGAUAUAGGUUGUUUCUCUUCGACAUUUGAAAAUUACAUCUGCUUUAAGCAUAGUCGACAUUUUCAUCGUUUGUUGGCGUGCAAGUUUUAGACAUAAAAAAUUACUGACAGCUUGAAUCUUAUGUGUGUAAGGAAACCACCCUUAACGAUUAAGUCCGACAGAUUUGCGGCUUAAUUCUCGGACAGACAUAACUUUCUAAACAUUUUUACUUUACUUGUAUUUUUUUUAAAGUGUGUAAUAGAAAAUUAAUUAUAUUUUCUUCUUUAUAACGCUUGACGCUAUAAAAAUUAUCAGUAUCACAUUUUUCAGGGAUUACUUUCGCACAGUCACAUACAGCAAAAAGUGACCAUUUAUUAAAGAUAACAACAUUGACAUUCUACAAAGCGCCAUGUGGAAACCACUUUAUGUAGCUACUCUCAAAUUCAAUUUUUUCAGCCGGGACGUAUAUUAUUUUUGGCCACUCAGGACAAACUCGGGGCAAUUGUUUCCCUAUCAUAAUUUUCCUGUUUCUGACAUAAAAAGUAUCAAAUUGAUGUAACGAACGAUUAUCACCUUGUUUUAUAACACUUACUUGCUAUUAACCUAAGAAUAUUAUGUUUGAAUCAUUAUUUCGGAAGUUUUCCAUACGAUUUAAGUCUCCUAUGGUUGAAGGCUCGAGAGUAUGUAAAUUUUAAAAAGAAAAUGUUUUAUCUUUAAAUUUUUUUUGACAAAUCCGUCUAUCGGGCAGCGUCCAUCCCCCCUCAUUCCCAGGGAAUUUUGCCUUGUUGAUAAAGUUGUUUAGUUUAAGAGUUUAAAAGACAGAUAUCAUGUUUUUUAAAGUUAGAUUUUACUAUGCUGGAAUCAUCAAGCCCCAUAGUAAAAUUCACUUUGCUGCGUUUAUCGUGUGGAGGUUGAUACACUAAUCAACCUGUCAAUUUCAAAAUUGGUAGGUUGACAAAGCUUUGGAAAAUUUUUCCAAUUUUUAUCCCAGGUCCCUAGUUACCAACGUAGAAGAUGACGUCAUUUAUUUCAACUGGUUUCCAAGAUAUUUAGUCUCAAAAUGUUAUAAGUACAAUGCAAUCAUGUUCCAAACCUUCGAGACUCCAGGCAGACAUCAGCAGUUGCGGGAGUAUGUUUUGGCGUUGUAUAAAUAUUUCAAAUAUGAGGAUGCUGAACGAAAUGAAGAGGAUGAUGAGGAUCAUUUAAACAGUUUUGCUUUAAAUGAGACUAAUGGACUGCUACCUAAUAAGGAAGACAUCAAAUCUAUAUUUGUUCCAUAUUCUAAAGUGAUACAAAAGAUCAAAUUCCAAAAAGGUGAUGACAAAGAAUUUAUCAUACCUGGCAUAAUGGCAGUUAAUUCUGACUUGGAGAAAGUAACAGAAAUAGUAUUUCAAGCAGCUCCCACAAAUGACGAAAAAGAGGAAAUACGCGCCAAAGAUUAUGUGGUGGCUUGUGAUCAUGAAGAUUGUUGUCACGUAUUUACUAAAACGAAUGCGGACGAGCAGAUAGUUGACAAAUUUAAGCAUAUUUGUCCCACUGAUUCUACUUUCAAGAAUGGGAUAAAACGAAGAAAAAUAAAAUCCCUCUGGAUUCCGCCAAAGAAGAGAGUUAAAGUACAUAUUAAUAAGGAUUCUCUGCGGUUCGUUGGUCCGCAUUUUAUAGCACUUGAUUGCGAUUUGAGCAUAUUCAGGGGAUUUUCUAUAACAAGUACCGACCUGCAGAGUGAAGACGUCAUCCAAUAUUGCGAUACUCCAAACGGAGGAGGAAUGUGUCUUCAAGCCAUUGACCGAGAUUGGCAGAAUCACCAACAGCAUUUUAAAGAUGUUCCUUGUCCAUUUAAAAUCAAAUCAUUCAUUGUUCCCCAAAAGAAAAAAGCAUGUGCUAUUGGAAGUUAUGAGAUCCAAGAGUUACCUGGAAAAGCUAAACCCAUUUCUACUGAAUUCAACAGAAAAAGAGACAGGGUUACACUGAAGACUCCUCAAAAGGGCGGACAUUUAGAUUUAUUGGUGCAAUACAAUAGUAUAUACAUGACGGAAAAGGAAACAAGCUGCUUAUCAUUAUCCAAAACAACUUAGAAAAACCAUUAUUCUCGUACCAAAUAACCCCCACCCCUUCCGUACCCCGCCCAAUGCUAAUUCUUGGAAUUUUUUCAAUCCCCCGAAGAAUUAAUUUUCGACGUGAGCAUUUUUGUUUACUUUAUCUAUUAAUUAUUAACUUAUUAUUAUUGUCAAAAUUCGCUUGUAUUCAA